GUGCCUGAGAUUAUAAGCUCUAUUCGACAAGCUGGAAAAAUUGCUCGUCAAGAAGAAUUUCAGAAUAAUCUCUCAGAUGUUGAAGACCCUUUUGCCAAAAAGUUUGAGGUGCUGUUCUGUGGACGGGUGACAGUAGCACAUAAAAAUGCACCUCCAGCACUCAUAGAUGAAUGCAUUGAGAAAUUUAAUCGUGCAAGUUGUACAAAAAAAUCAGAUUCCAACUCAUCGUCCCAACAACAUGAAACUGCCAAUAACUUCGGAGGCUUCUCUUUCAGCAACAAAUUUCGAUCUGUCUUCCAGCCCUUAGUCAGUGAAGAGGAGGAGAAAAGGCCAAUUAGGAAAUCCUUUUCUCAGCCUGGGCUUCGUUCCUUUGCUUUUAAGAAGGAUUUGCAAGAGGGAAGCCAUAGGAGUAACAGCUUUGUCAAGUCUUUUGAAGAAGAUGCAAUUUCACUGAACCUAAAAAGUCAACUUAUCUAUGGACACAGUGUUGUGCAGCCAACAGACAUUGCAGAAAACCGGACGAUGUUGUUUACGAUUGGCCAGUCUGAAGUUUACCUUAUCAGUCCUGACACAAAAAAAGUAGCAAUUGAAAAAAGCUUUAAAGAAAUAUCCUUUUGUUCUCAGGGAAUUAGACAUGUGGAUCACUUUGGGUUCAUCUGCAGAGAGUCUUCAGAAAAUGGAGGCUUCCACUUCGUUUGCUAUGUGUUUCAGUGUACAGAUGAAGCACUGGUUGAUGAAAUCAUGAUGACAUUGAAACAGGCUUUCACCGUAGCUGCUGUGCAACAGACUUCCAAGGCACAGCCCCAGCUCUGUGAGGGAUGUCCUAUGCAAAGCUUGCAUAAACUCUGUGAAAAGAUAGAAGGGUUACACCCUUCUAAGACUAAACUAGAACUACAAAAGCAUCUAACAACACUAAAUAACCAGGAGCAGGCCUCUGUUUUUGAAGAGGUUAAGAAAUUAAGACCAAGAAAUGAUCAAAAAGAGAAUGAGUUGGUUAUCUCUGUUUUGAGAAACAUGUAUGAAGAAAAACAGAAGGACCAUGUUCAUGUUGGAGAAACAAAACAGACUUCACAACCCCCUGCUGAGAAUGCUGUAAAUGAGAUGCCCAGCAGUGCUCCAAGAUUCAGAUUAGAUAUGUUAAAGAACAAAGCAAAAAGAUCUCUGACAGAAUCAUUUGAAAGUAUUUUAUCACGUGGCAGCAAAGCCAGAGGUCCCCUGGACAAUUCUGGUGCUGUGGAUUUGGACAGCUCCAUGUCCAGUACCUUGAGCAGCACCAGUAAAGAGCCACCAUUGUGUGAAAAGGAGAAAGACAGACUUCCUACGCUUCCUACAGAAAACACUGUCAGGCCCAGUGGAUCAGUGGGUGAUCUCCCCAGCGACACAGAUGAUUCUGCUGUUGAACAGUCUGUUACAUUACCUCAGCAAAGCUUUCGGAGGCGAGCAAACACACUGAGUCACUUGCCAACAGAAAGCCAGGAAUCUCUGGCACCUGUUGAAACAUCUCCAUCUGUUCCCCAAAGGAAACUUAUGAGGUAUCACUCAGUGAGCACAGAGACUCCUCACAAAAGAAAUUCUUCUGGUCAACUUGCACGUUCUCCUACUGUAGCUCGUCUUAAUCCCUCGGCCUCUUCGCCCAACUUUUUUAAAUACCUAAGGCAUAAUUCAAGUGGAGAACAAAGUGGGCAUUUUGCACAAAAGAGCAUCUCCUACCGUACUGCCUUAAGGAAAAAGCUUCAUUCUUCCUCUUCUGUGCCAAAUUUCUUAAAAUUUCUGGCUCCUGUAGAUGAAAAUAACACCUCUGACUUUAGGAGCACAACAAGCGACUACGAAUCAAAACACAGCCAGCAAGCCAUUGGCGUGGACAGCCCUGUAAGGACUCGACGGCAUUCAUGGAGGCAACAGAUAUUCCUGCGAGUGGCAACCCCACAGAAAGCGUGUGAUUCUCCCAGCCGAUAUGAUGAUUACUCUGAAUUGGGAGAACUUCCACCAAGAUCCCCAUUGGAACCAGUGUGUGAAGACGGCCCCUUUGGGCCAGUGAAAGAAGAAAGGAAACGGACACCCCGUGAACUUCGCGAGUUGUGGAAGAAAGCCAUUAUUCAGCAGAUACUGCUCCUCAGAAUGGAGAAAGAAAAUCAGAAGUUACAAGCUUCAGAAAACAAUUUGCAGAACAAACGUCUGAAACUUGACUAUGAAGAGAUCACACCAUGCUUAAAAGAUGUAACUUUGAUUUGGGAAAAAAUGUUGAGUACACCUGGAAGGUCAAAAAUAAAAUUUGACGUGGAAAAAAUACACUCUGCUGUUGGGCAAGGAGUACCACGUCACCACCGUGGGGAGAUCUGGAAGUUUCUAGCAGAGCAAUACCAUCUUAAACAUCAGUUUCCAAGUAAACAACAGCCAAAGGACACACCUUACAAAGAACUCCUAAAACAACUAACUUCCCAGCAACAUGCAAUACUUAUUGACCUAGGGCGCACAUUUCCAACACAUCCAUAUUUCUCAGCGCAGCUGGGAGCUGGGCAGCUGUCACUCUACAAUAUUUUGAAGGCCUAUUCACUUCUGGAUCAGGAAGUGGGAUACUGCCAGGGCCUUAGUUUCGUAGCAGGAGUUUUACUACUUCAUAUGAGUGAAGAGGAGGCUUUUAAAAUGCUAAAGUUUCUCAUGUUUGACAUGGGCCUGAGAAAACAGUAUCGUCCUGACAUGACAAUUUUACAGAUCCAGAUGUAUCAACUUUCUCGACUUCUUCAUGACUACCAUCGGGAUCUCUAUAACCACCUAGAGGAACAUGAGAUUGGCCCCAGCCUUUAUGCUGCUCCCUGGUUUCUCACCAUGUUUGCCUCCCAGUUUCCUCUCGGAUUUGUAGCCAGAGUGUUUGAUAUGCUCUUUCUUCAAGGAUCAGAAGCUAUAUUUAAAGUGGCUUUAAGCCUUUUGGGGAGCCACAAGCCCUUGAUUCUGCAGCAUGAGAACCUAGAAACGAUUGUUGAUUUUAUUAAAAGUACUCUCCCUAACUUGGGGUUGGUACAGAUGGAAAAGACCAUUAGUCAGGUGUUUGAAAUGGAUAUUGCCAAGCAGUUGCAAGCUUAUGAAGUUGAAUACCAUGUGCUGCAGGAUGAGCUUAUAGAUUCAUCUUUAAAUGACAAUCAGAGACUGGAUAAAUUAGAAAAAGCAAACAGUAGCUUGCGCAAACAAAACUUUGAUCUACUGGAAGAACUGCAGGUGGCUAAUGGAAAGAUCCAAAACCUUGAAGCCACAGUAGAGCUUUUAUUGACCAGUGAAGGCAAAUUGAAGCAGUCCAUUCUCACUCUUGAGCAGGAGCGAGCAGCUUUGCUGAAAGCAGUGGAAGAGAUGCAGAAGAAGUUUGGUGAUACAGAUGGGAAGCCUCUGCUUACUAGACAAGAACACAUGGAUGCUGACUGACAUGCACAAGUGUAAUGGAGCAGAGAAGCUGAGCAAGAAACAAAGGGAAGAAUUGGGUCUUUUUGUCAUGAUCCAUGGGGAUUUGACAUCGUCACCUUCAUUGUACCUGCCUUACUGUAGCAAAGCAAGAUAUGGGCAUGGUGGCUUCCUAUAUCAGAGAAGCUGGUUUCUCGGGGAGAAGGCUCUUUUUUCUUAGUAUGUAGAAAUACUAUGAACAGUAAGAAGCCACAUAAUAAUAAGCAGGAGAAACUUAAUAGGGCAUGCAGUCAUACACAAUAUACUGUAAGGAUGUCGUGGAUUCUUCCAUAAGUGCUUCUAAACCUAAGUGCUUUGUGUUUGU